UAUAACCCUGACGAAGAUGACAAAUGGUCAUCGAAAAGUUGGCUCCUAUAAAUUUCAUCGUUGUUCAUUUUCUUCGAUUCUACGUUUCAGCUGUGCGAUGCCCAACACUGAGGGGUCCAACCAAUGGCAAUAUGAGAGGCUCCAAGUCCUACCGAGGAUCUUUGCGCUUCACCUGUGACCGCGUGUACAACCUUGUGGGUGCAAAGAAGAUCAGGUGCCAGGCAGACGGUACAUGGAGUGACAGGGUUCCCACCUGCAAAGCUAUACGAUGCCCGACGCUGACACCACCAGAAAACGGUGCUGUGAAAAGCUCCAACUCCUACAGAGACGUGACCUUCAAGUGUGACCCAGGAUACAAGCUGGUCGGUACUUCUACACGUACCUGUCAGUCUGGCGGGACUUGGAGUGGAGGGUCUCCAACAUGCAGAGCUGAAUGCAGAAAUGGCUACCAAUUGCUUGCUCAAACCUGUUUCCGGGUUUCUCGCGACAAAAAGAACAACGAUGACGCCCAGGCGGCCUGUGAGAAGGAGGGAACCACGCUAGCCAUGCCCAAGACGAGGGAGUUGGACGUCUCGCUGAGAAACUGGGUCAGCAAGUUUGGAAAGUCUGCUUUCUUCUGGAUCGGUCUGAAGCAAGUUCCUGUCAAAAUCUGGCAAUGGGAAGACGGGUCUCACAUAGGAAAACAUGACUACAAGGUACGUUAUUACGACCUGUGUGCUGUUGAUUAA